CUGAGCUCCCUGCAACUGUGUGCAACAUCUAUAUAAGCACACUUCGAUUGAUCUAGCGAUACCACGCCUGAAGCCUCCCAACAUCUCCCGUGUCUCUGCCGGAAGCAGAGACGGUGAUAGGAACGGCCACAGAAAUGGACAAGACGUUGAUCAUCGUGUCCGCUGUGGUCGGGUCUCUGGGAGUGUUGAGCGCCAUCUUGGGGUUCUCGGCCGAGGGGACAAAGCUCACUCCGUCCGACAUUAUCGUGUAUGGCGACGAGUGCAUCUACCCGCAGAACCCCGCGCUCGCGCUAGGGGUCUGCUCCGCCAUCUUCCUGCUGGUGGCCCAGAUCACCAUCUCGGCGGUCGGCGGCUGUUGCGGCUGCUGCAAGUCCCGCGCCAUCCCCUCCGAAACGAAGCGGAUCGUCGGCAUCGUCUGCGCCGUUUCCUCGUGGAUUGCGGCGGUGAUCGCGUGGGUGCUGCUGGUGGCAGGCGCGGCGUGGAACGCUAACGUGUCACGGGACACCGCGCCGGAGUGCUACUACCUCAAGGACGGCAUCUUCGCCGGCGCGGCCGUGCUCACCCUCGCUGCCACGGCACUCGGCAUCACCUCCUACGUCAUGCUCCCGAGGCAGCCGGCGGACGCGGCGGCAGCGGCUGCAAGCGCACCAAACAAGCCAGGCGAGCAGCUGCCGCCCGCCGGGAUCGCGUUGGGCCACCCGCAGAUCCCGCCGCCAAAGUACCCGCAAUGCCCUGCGCAACCUCAGGGAUACGAGCAAGCUCAGUUCCAGCCGCCGACUGCGCCUCCACAAGGCUAUGGUUCGCACGCACCAAACCAUCAAUUCCAUCCUCCUCAAGGGUACGCGCAGGUAUAGUCCCGUGCGUCCGUGCCCUUGAUCACCUUGUCACGUCGAGAAGGCAAGAGUUGGUGGUGUCAAAUCAAACAAACUAAUGUGAUCGAUCGCGCAUGAAGUCAAACCCUUGAUCAUGCAUGUUAGUAAGUUUGUGCUUUCGGUUUUGUGUUUGUAACAUGUACCUAUCUAUGCACGGAGUAUCUUGUAUGCUAUUUGGGUAUCUUUAAUUCAGAUUUCGAGUCAAGUUGCAAAAAUGUUGUCCAUCAGAUGAGAUCUUAGCAUUGUCGAUGUCCUAGUAGUAUGUGCAACAACUGGUAUAGCAACCUUCCUCAAUACGGGUGCAACGCUGCCUGCCAAUACCGACCUCCUGUGGUGUGUUUGGUCCGAUGAACAAAGGUAGAUAGGAUA